CGAAGCUCAACACAUUCACGUAGGUGGCCGACGUCAUGCAGUUCCAGCAUGCGGCGAGCAACGAGAGCAGACGCCUGCAAGCCCUUAAAGACCGAUCCCACGAGCAUCUCACGAGGCCUCAUGAUGAGUCCUUCAAGCGUGACGUGGAGCGGCGUAUCGCGGCGCGCGACAGGGAGGCAGCUGAGCAGCUGCGACAGUACGAGGAGGCAACAGAGACAAGGGUACGAGAGAUCCAAUCGGACAUGCAGGCGCAGCUGGAGGAGGAGCGGGCCAAGCGUGAGGAGGAGCUCAGGGCCAAGGCCAAGAGCACGUGAGGUGAUAUUCAUGACUUGUCGCCACAAUAGUGCAUCUGCAGAGGUGGGUCAACAUAUGAAGUCUGUGUGUGGUGGUCAGGGGCAGGCAGGCAUCUUUUGUGUGUGUGUGUGUGUGUGUGUGUAGGCUGUUUCGAGCGAAUGAAGAAGGAGUACACCAGCAAGAAGCCGUCGUGUCCAAUCUGCCGAAAGCCUGGACAUUCGGGCCUCGUUUGGGAACAGGGGUGGCACUCCGAUGACUGCCUGACUGACUGACUGCCUGACUGACUGAGAGCAGGCGGCGUAUGAGCGGGCGAUGUGUGUGCUGUGUUGUUUUCUGUGUCCGAGUGCCGUGCGUUAAACGUUUUAUGUGUCUAGUAGGUCUAUCUAGCUAUAGAUGUAUCUGUGCCAUACACAUGUCUGUAUGCAUACGUAUAUGUAUACAUCGAUGCACACAGGGGUCGUGUCUCUUUUUUGAUCGGAACACAUUGUGGCCCGAUUAAUGGCGUGUGAGAGUCAAUUACAUAAUGGCUGCACUCUUCGUUAUGGCGCAUGACGAACACUCAGUGAUAUUCGGGUCUCACUUUCCCUACCGAUUCGCCCUCCCUCCCUUCAAAUGCACCGACCAUGUCGUCACACGGGACAAUGG